UUUUGCAUGGAUGGAAUGCACUAAUUUGAUUAACACUUGGCCUUUUGAAAAGCCAUUAAUUUUCUUUCAUAACAACUGCAGACCUGUGUUAUUGUAUUUUGGACAGUGCAGGCACUGACAGAUCUGACUUUGCAGCCAUGGAGGGUAAUCACAGUGGCUUGGCUGGCAUCACGCAGGCAGAUGAACACAUUUAUGAGGUUGCGGUGCAGAGCAACUCCACCAACCACACCUCCCAGUUUGCAGAUGUGGCCCUGCUGCAGACGUUCAAGCCUCUGAUCAUCCCCUGUUAUGUGCUUGUUGUGGCGGUGGGCGUCUUUGGAAAUUACCUGCUCCUCUAUGUGAUCUGCCGAACCCGCAAGAUGCACAAUGUCACCAACUUCUUCAUCGGAAACCUGGCCUUCUCUGACAUGCUCAUGUGUGUGACCUGCGUCCCUUUCACUCUCGCCUACGCCUUCAACCCACGUGGAUGGGUUUUUGGCCGCUCCAUGUGCUAUCUGGUGUUUCUCAUCCAACCAGUCACAGUCUAUGUUUCAGUCUUCACACUCACUGCCAUCGCUGUGGACAGAUAUUAUGCGACAGUUCAUCCCCUGAAGAAGCGCACCACCGUGGCCACCUGUGCCUCCGUUCUCACUGGCAUCUGGCUGCUGUCCUGUGGGCUUGUAGCUCCAGCAGUCACCCACACUUACCACGUAGAGUUCAAAGACGAAGGCUUCACCAUAUGUGAGGAAUUUUGGUUGGGUCAAGAGAAAGAAAGACGUGCCUAUGCAUACAGCACCUUGCUGGUCACGUAUGUCCUGCCACUGUCUGCUGUCUUUGUCUCUUAUCUCUGUAUUACUGUCAAACUGAGAAACUGUGUCGCACCAGGACACAGGACCCAAGACCAGACAGGCGCUCAACAAGCUCGCAAGAGAAAGAUCUUUCGCCUGGUUGCGCUCUUGGUGUCUGCCUUUGCAGCAUGUUGGCUUCCCAUUCAUGUAUUCAAUGUGCUGCGAGACAUAGACAUUCACCUCAUUAACAAGCGCUACUUUUUACUCAUCCAACUGCUGUGCCACCUGUGCGCCAUGAGCUCGUCUUGUUGCAACCCCUUCCUUUACGCGUGGCUACACGACCGCUUCCGCGCCGAGUUACGGAAGAUGUUCAAGUGCCAUCGUCGCAUUGGAGUGCCUGCCAAUCACUGCGCUGCCAGUGUGGUCUUGUAAUUGCCUGGUGGAGAAAAGACUUUGUCUUUAUUUUUCAUGUGCUCUACUGAUUCAUCUUGAGUAAAAAGUCCAUUUAAAGGCACACGGGACAGAUUUAUUUCUGCAGCAGGGACAACUCAACAACAAGUUUGACUGUGACUGUCAUUGAAGUGAUGAAACCUCACAUCCUCCACCAUGCUCUGGAUGUAAAACACGUGCCUUCAUUUUUGCUCUUGUCCCAUCAUUAUUUUCUCGUACUCAGUGACUGAAUGGUUUUGGCGCACACUGUGUAUGGUGUCUGUCCUUUUUAUUAAUACCAAGCUAGUUGUAAAUGUUGCAUAUGAUUUUUGGUGAAAAACUUUUAUUAUUUGAUCUGUAGCCUGUACUAACAGUAACUCUGUGGAAAAUUGUGAAUAAAAAUGCAGAAAUUGAAUGACCUCUGUGCUUCAGAUCGAUGUAAGUGCAUGAUGGCAGGACUUGGAAUAAUAUUAUGUCCAAUUUGGUGAGAGUGCAGUUACACCACUGAAUUCACUAAUUAAAUAACUGGGAAGACAGUGUUGUCUGCAUAUUAACUGGAUCUGUUGAAUACAUUAAAACAAUGUGAGAAUUUAUAGAUCU